AUGAGUUUUCAGGAAAUACUGCAGAAAAGGAGGAACCCCAAAGAAAUCGUAUACGAGGCCUAUGGAAAAAUUGAUCAAAAUUUUAAGCUGCAUGAAAAGAUAUUAAAGGAGAAAAAUGAGGUCGACGAAAAUUCUGCGAAGAAACUCCCCUUCUUUAUGAACAAGGCUGCGCAAAAUGAGAAAAAGUACGACUUCCUGAUGAACGUGAACGAGCGAGACGAAGAUGUCGAAUUCGUAGCGAAGGCGAUGAGCCCUUAUUUAAAUGUGAACGAGGCGAUCAGAAUUCGAAUGGCACUACUAUAUUGCACGGAGCAGUACACACUUUUUCGAAAUUAUUUGAUAGCCAUGAAGGAAAUACUAAAGGGAGUUCUAGCCAUCAAAGUUACAAGAAAAGGAAAAAUAAAAAAAAAAAUAUUAAAAUUUAACCGUGGACAUAUAUGUAUCAUGGCGAAUUGGUCAAGGAAAAUACUAUUGUAUGAUGACAUAACACAAAUAAAUAUUGGCAGUAGCUGUACCCCUGAAUUAAGGUUGUUCGAGAAAAGAUAUAAAGACACAUCCAACAGGCCCAACUAUGUUGUGCUGAGAACUCUCUACAGGGACUACAGUUUUUUAUUUAUAACGGAUGAAAGUAUUUUAGUGAAAGUUAAGAAUGAGUCUCCAUUUGUAAAAUUAAAAAAUCUGCUAAAAAAUCCAAAUGUUCUUGUGCAAAAUGAACAUUUGCAUUUAAAUAAUUUCCAUAUGAGGGAAGUCAAGGAUAACACUAUUUCGACAACUGAAGAAAUCUGUGAAGAUAUCAGGAGAAAGCAACAGGAGGAGAACUACGAGGCAGAAGAAAGAAGGAACAGUAACAUGUUAGCUAAGGACAAACUGAAUGACAUGAAUAAUAUCAGUCAAGGAUUUAAAUACUAUUUUUUCACUGUACUUCGAAGUACGAAAUUGAGGAAUGUUGACAUGUACAGUGAAGAAAUCAAAGCGAUAAUUAAAAAAAAUAAUAUGAUUUUUUUUGAUAAAUACGAUUUUAAAAAUACGAAAAUUAACUGUUUUUUCCUUUUCUGUCAAUUACAGUUUGACAUAUGUGGACCAGAGAUCUGGUUUACGUCCAAAUUUGACGAGAUACUUUUCACGCAUAUGAAUUAG